AUGAUGAAGAAGAAAAGGAGCAAUUCUCCCAAACGCCGACGAACCUCGAAAAAUGGACCAACUUGGAUGAUUUUUGGUUUGUUUGCUGUCAUUAUUUUUGGCUGCUGUCUAACUACCACACCCGCCAAGGAAAUUGAAGCUACCAACGAAUGGACUCUUCUGGGAGAAAAUGACACGGUGGCCGCCGGAAUGCAUGUUCGCAUGGAUUUGACCACGGGUGAAAAAUGGGUCAAGACUAUUGAUGAUGAUGAUAAUGAAAGCGAGACUAAUACCAAUGUUCAUGUGGUGGGCGACGCGGUGGCGGCUGUGGUAGAUGUUCAAGGUCAGGUUAGUGUGAUGGAACAAACAAAUAAUGACAACAAUGACAGGAACGAUGAGGAAGCAGCAGAACCCAACUAUGAUUACGAAAUGAUGCAUCGAACACUUUCCAAGUUACCCCCGGAAGAGCAGGACCGAAUUGGUGGAAUUCCCAAACUAGAAACCAAGCUGACUCCCGAACAACGGGCUGCCUUUGAAGCACGCAUGAAACAAAUUUGGGAACAACGACAAGCCGAUUUGAAACAAUUCCAGGAAGAUCAUCUAGCAGAUUUACCACAAUUGCUCAAAGAUCGCAUUGCCAGUAUCAAAACAUAUCUGGAAAAUCCAUUGCAAGGAUUGCAAGAGUUGCAGCUUGCUUCCGAAACACAACCAAAUGAAGAGGAGGAAGACAUGGUAGGAGAUAUUGUGGCGGUUUUGCAAGAUCUGGAAUAUCAUUUGACCGAUGUCGACAUGGCCCGAGAUUUUUACACAUUGGGUGGCUGGCCCGUCUUGUCGUCACUCUUGGCGGAUGCCGUCCAUGAAAGUACCAUUGGCAGCAACUCCACUCAACAACAAUCUCUAUCCGACGAUGACUGGAACAAGGUCAACUUGAUUCAGGCUCAUGCAGCGUGGGCCAUUGGAACGACCGUCAAAAAUACAGGAGAGUUUUCUCCCUACGCCAUUGAUCAAGUGGAGGUGCCACAAGCCAAUCAAGUCGUCAAGACCACUACUCUGGAUCUUGUUUUGGCACAGUUUGUGGCUUCUUCUACAGCCGUCUUGGAGUAUGAUGAACAAUCCACUGAAAACAAUGACAGUGACUACUUUGAUACCGUCAUGAUGAAAGUGCACAAAACACUCUAUGCCGUGGGAGCCAUGCUGCGGGGUAAUCGACAAGCCCAAACUCACUUUUGUGCCGAUCAAGGACCAGCACUGUUGGCCAACGUCUUGACAUCUGUGGCCGAUCAGGUGGACGCCAGUGGUGGCAACAAGAAUACCCUGAAAAUUGCGCAAAGACUCUUGUCAUUGGCCCAAGACAUUGUCAUGGAUGUCACGUUGCAUUCCAGCACAUCCGAACAAGUGGAUCAGGCCAUUGGCAAUGCCUUCAGCGAUGCACAGUGGUGUCAAACGACACUGCGAUUUCUUCCCAUUCCACGGCUGUACGAAACCAGUCUCUUGACGAUUCAACAAUUAGCACCGCAAUGUACGGCUGAGGACUUGGACGAAGAGAUACGGAAAGAAAGAAUGGAUUUAUUGCAAGCGACUGUAACAGCAGUACAGCAAGCACAGAAGCAAUAG